CAGGCUUUAGCUUCCAAUCGUUCUAAUGUCUUACACCAAAAAGCUUCGAACAUCCCAUUCAUAUAUUCCCUCUUCUAAUUCUGAAUCUGAACCCAAGGAGCACGAUGUAUUCCUCAGUUUUAGAGGUGAAGACACCCGCAAUACUUUUACCGACCAUCUAUAUCGGGCUUUGGUUGAUAAAGGGAUUAGCACCUUUAUGGAUGAUGACAAAAUUGGGAUUGGAAAACCCAUUUCCCCGGAACUCUUGCUUGCAAUUGAGAAAUCGAGCGUGGCAGUCAUCGUGUUGUCAAGAAAUUAUGCAUCUUCCACAUGGUGCUUACAAGAACUUGCAAAAAUUAUUGAAUGCAUGAAAGAGAAGGAGAUGAGAGUUUUGCCCAUUUUCUACCAAGUGGAUCCCAGUGAUGUGCGAAAUCAGACGGGCACUAUUGCAGAUGCCUUUGCCGAACAUGAGAUACGUUUUGGGAAGAACUUAGAGGUGCAAACAUGGAGAAAUGCAUUGAGAGAAGUGGCUAAUCUCUCCGGACGCCACUUACAGAAUGGGGAUGAGUCGAUGUUUAUCAAAAGCGUUGUCGAAGGGAUAUCUAGAGAAUUAAUCAACCUUGUUGGUGAUGAUGGGGACAAACUUUCCGAUAUGGCUUCCACCAUCAGUAUUGAAACAACCCCAUCAUCUCCUUCCUCUUCUUCCAAACACCGAUGGAAAUACGAAGUUUUCCUCAGUUUCAGUGGUGAAACCCGUGAUAUAUUUACCAGCCAUCUAUGCUAUGAGUUGUGUAAGAAAUUUAUAUCCACUUUUAAGGAUGAUGACAGACUGGAUAUUGGAAGACCCAUUAAGAAGGACCUCUUGCAUGCCAUUGAGAAGUCAAGAAUGGCGGUCAUCAUUAUUUCAAAAGAGUAUGCAUUGUCCACAUGGUGCUUGGAAGAACUUGCAAAAAUUGUUGAAUGCAUGGAAGAUACAGAAAUGAAAGUUUUGCCCAUUUUCUAUCAUGUAGAACCUAGAGAUGUGUGGCACCAGGGGGGCACCUUUAGAGAUGCCUUUGCUCUUCACGAGCAAAAUCUUGUGAACGAAGACAAGGUGCAAACUUGGAGAAAUGCUUUGAAAAAAGUGGCCAAUCUCUCUGGAUUCCAUUUAAAGAACGGCGAUGAGCUGACGUUUAUCAAAGAAAUUGUUAAAAUGAUAUCUAGAGAAUUGAUCAACCUUAUUGAUGAUCGUGAGGACAACCUUGUCGGGAUAGACUCUCGUGUGAAUGAAAUGCAUUUGCAUUUAGGUAUUGGAUUUUAUGAUGUUCGCAUUAUAGGGAUAUGCGGUAUGAGUGGAAUGGGCAAGACAACUCUUGCACGAGGUAUAUUUCAAAAGUUCAAUCAUCUAUUCCAAGCUAGAAGCUUUCUUGAAAAUGUUAGUUUGGUUUCUAAAAGAAAUGGCCUAGUUGCUUUACAAGAAAAGAUCCUUUCUGAUAUGAAGUUGAAGGUUGACCAAGAAAAAUGGGAUGUGCUUAAAGGAAUUGAUGUGAUAAGGAAUAGAUUACUUUACACAAAAGUUCUUAUUGUCCUUGAUGAUGUGGAUGAAAAAGAACAAUUAGAAACAUUAGCUGGGAACUGCAAUUGGUUUGGACCAGGGAGUAGAAUCAUUGUGACCACUAGAGACGAAUGUUUGUUAACAGCACAUGGAGUGCAAAUUAUACACUGGAUUAAAGGACUACAAGAAAAUGAGGCUUUACAGCUUUUUAGUCAAGAAGCCUUUCGUAACCCUGAUCAAUGUGAAGAUCAAGACUUUUUGGAUCUAUGCAAUGACUAUGUGAGUUGCGCCGGCGGUCAUCCUUUAGCUCUUAAAGUUUUGGGUUCCUCCCUAUUGGGAAAAGGAAGAGAGGAAUGGAAACGUUCUUUGAAAGAAGUACUUCCUAAUAGAGAUAUUCAACAGCAACUCCAAAUAGGUUUUGAUGCAUUGGGGUAUACAGAGAAAAAUAUUCAACAUAUACUCGAAAUAGGUUUUAAAGCAUUGGGGGAUACAGAGAAAAAAAUGUUCUUAGAUAUUGCCUGUUUCUUCAAUGGGGAAGAUAAAGAUCGAGUAGUAGAUUUAUUGGAAGAUUCUGAUUGCUUCCCAAACAUUGAUAUAGAAACUCUUAUGGACAAAUCUCUUAUCACUAUUUUGGGGAGAAAAUUGUACAUGCAUAGUGUACUACAAGAAAUGGGUCGGGAAAUUGUUCGCCGUGUUGAAAAUCUUGGACAACGCAGCAGAUUAUGGCAUCGCGAUGAUAUCUUUGAAGUUCUACGGGAAAAUUCUGGAACAUGUCAAGUCCAAGGCAUAAUGUUAAGUCCCUCGUCUCGACACGAAGAAGAAGACUUGAAACCUGAAGCCUUUUCCAAUAUGAAAAAACUUAGAUUAAUUAAAAUAUGUGAUGUGACUCUUCCACAAGGCCUCAAUUCUCUCUCUAAUUGGUUACGACUAAUGGAAUGGCACCAAUAUUCUUGGCAGAACAUACCAAAGAGUUUUCAACCAAGAAAUCUUGUUGAGCUCAUUAUGCAUCGCAGCAGCUUUCUGCAAUUACCAAUAGCUUUUCUUAAAUUAAAAAAGUUGAAAGUCAUGGACUUUAGUGGCUCUGAAAACUUGAGGAUGACUCCUGACUUCUCUGGAUGCCCAAGUCUUCAAAAGUUAAUUUUUGACGGUUGCACAAGAUUGUACGAAGUUCACCCAUCUAUUGGAGCUCUCAAUAAGCUUAUUUUAUUAAAUCUCAAAGAUUGUAAAUGUCUGCGUAGCCUUCCACAUGAGAUCAACUUGGAAUCUUUGAAUCUUUUGAUCUUAUCGGGUUGUUCAAGUUUCAAUAAGUUUCCAGAGAUUGGGCAGAAUAUGAAGCUUUUGUCAGAGCUUUAUUUGGAUGGGACUGCCAUUGAGGAACUCCCAUUAUCAAUUCAACAUCUAAUCGGCCUAACUUUACUAAAUCUUGGAGAGUGCAAAAAGCUUUCGAUUUUUCCAAGUGACAUUUGUUGUUUACCUGCUCUUAAAACUCUCAUUCUCUCUGGAUCAACCCCCACCUUGUCGUUGCUGAACAUUUUUUCAGGGUUGACCUCUUUAGUAACUCUAGAUCUAAGUGACUGCAAUCUAUUGGAUGGAGCACUCCCGGACAAUCUUAGUAGCUUAUCCUCCUUGGAGUCUCUGAAUUUGAGCAGAAACAACUUCACACGCUUGCCAGACAGCAUUUCUCAGCUUCCAAAGCUUAAAUUUCUUUGUUUGGAUAAUUGUAGCAGGCUUCAGUUAUUGCCAAAUCUUCCCUCAACUACACAAUUUGUAAUGGCUCGAGAAUGUACUGCACUCCAAAAUUAUUCCAAUCAAGUUGUUGGGUCGACUUCAGGUGGAGGAGAAUUCACUGUUAUUAACUGCCAUAGAUUGGCGGCCCGUGAAGAAGACAUUCUGAGUGAAGUUUCUUCGCUAUAUAAACACUUUCAGCCACUGUGGAUGGAGGAGCAAAUUCAUCAGAGUGACGAAUAUCAUGGCAUGCCUGAAGCUGCAAUUCCGUUACCAUACAAUCUCUCUAAAGACGAUAGCUGGAGAGGAAUUGUGUUGCUUUGGAAAACUUUAGUCAACACUACACUAGUGAAUUCUCCUCCGACACUAAAUCUUCGAGAGUGCAGAAAGCUUUUGGUUUUACCAAGUGUCAUUUGUUGUAUACCUGCUCUUAAAAUUAUGAUUCUCUCUAGAUGUAAAGGUCAACCUCCUUCCCCUGUUUUACUUUCAAUUGGUGCACCCCUCACCUUGUCGUUACCUAGCUUUUUUUCAGCGUUUACCUCGUUAGUAGCUCUAGAUCUAGGUGAAUCCAAUCUACUGGAUGGAGCACUACCCGAAGAUCUUAGUAGCUUAUCCUCCUUGGAGUCUCUGAAUUUGAGCAGAAACAAUUUCACACGCUUGCCAGACAGCAUUUCUCAGCUUCCAAUGCUUAAAUUUCUUUCUUUGGAUAAUUGCAGCAGGCUUCAGUUAUUGCCAAAUCUUCCCUCAACUACACAAUUUGUAAUGGCUCGAGAAUGUACUUCACUCCAAAAUUAUUCCAAUCAAGUUGUUGUGUCGCCUUCAGGUGGAGGAGAAUUCACUGUUAUUAACUGCCUUAGCUUGGCUGCCCGUGAAGAAGACAUUCUGAGCGAGGUUUCUUCACUAUAUACACACUUUCAGCCACUGUGGAUGGAGGAGCAAAUUCAUCAGAGUGACGAAUAUCAUGGCAUGCCUGAAGCUGCAAUUCCGUUACCAUACAAUCUCUCUAAAGACGAUAGCUGGAGAGGAAUUGUGUUGCUUUGGAAAACUUUAGUCAACACUACACUAGUGAAUUCUCCUGGGACACUAAAUCUUGGAGAGUGCAGAAAGCUUUUGGUUUUUCCCAGUGUCAUUUGUGGCUUACCUGCUCUUAAAACUCUCAUUCUCUCUGGAUGUAAAGGUCAACCUCCUUCCCCUGUUUUAGUUCCAAUUAGUGCACCCCACACCAUGUCGUUGCCUAGCUUGUUUUCAGGGAUGACCUUUUUAGUAAAUCUAAAUCUAAGUUUCUGCAAUCUAUUGGAUGGAGCACUCCCUAAUGAUCCUAGUGGCUUGUCCUCCUUGGAGAUUCUGGAUUUGAGUGGAAACAAUUUCACACGCUUGCCAGAGAGCAUUUCUCAGCUUCAAAAGCUUAAGUUUCUUUAUUUGGAUAAUUGUAGCAAGCUUCAGUUAUUGCCAAAUCUUCCCUCAACUACACUAAUGGAUCGAGAAUGUACUUCACUCCAAAAUUAUUCCAAUCAAGAUGUAGUGUCGACUUCAGCAGGGAUGUAUAAAAAAGAAGAAGACUUCAGCAGGGAUGUAUCAAAAAAAAUUAUUCCAAGCUUUUUUUCAGGGUUGAACUCUGUGGUACCUCCAGAUCCAAUGGAAUACCGAUAUUCUUUGGGGUCCAUCCUUGAACCAAGCGAUCUUGUUGUGGAGAGUUUUCAACCAAGCGAUCCUGUGCUUUGCAGCGACUUUCUGCAUUUACCAGAGAGUUUUCAACCAAGCGAUCUUGUGCUUCGCAGCAACUUUCUGCAAUCACCACUGGCUUUUCUUAAAUUAAAAAAGUUGAAAGUCAUGGACUUUAGUGGCUCUGAAAACUUGAGGAUGACUCCCGACUUCUCUGGAUGCCCAAGUCUUCAAAGGUUAAUUUUUGAAGGUUGCACAAGAUUGUACGAAGUUCAUCCAUCUAUUGGAGCUCUCAAGCAUCUUAUACUAUUAAAUCUCAAAGAUUGUAAAUGUCUGCGUAGCCUUCCACAUGAGAUCAACUUGGAAUCAUUGAAUCUUUUGAUCUUAUCGGGUUGUUCAAGUUUCAAUAAGUUUCCAGAGAUUGGGCAGAAUUUGUCAGAGCUUUAUUUGGAUGGGACUGCCAUUGAAGAACUCCCAUUAUCAAUUCAACCUGCACUAAAUCUUAGAGAGUGCAAAAAGGUUUCGGUUUUUCCGAGUGACAUUUGUUGUUUACCUGCUCUCAAAACUCCCAUUCUCUCUGGAUCAACCCCCACCUUGUCGUUGCUGAACUUGUUUUCAGGGUUGACCUCUUUAGUAACUCUAGAUCUAAGUGAUUGCAAUCUAUUUGAUGGAGCACUACCCGAAGAUCUUAGUAGCUUAUCCUCCUUGGAGUAUCUGGAUUUGAGCAGAAACAAUUUCACACGCUUGCCGGAGAGCAUUUCUCAGCUUCCAAAGCUUAAGGUUCUUUAUUUGGUUAAUUGUAGCAACCUUCAGUUAUUGCCAAAUCUUCCCUCUACUACACAAUUAGUAAUGGAUCGAGAAUGUACUUCACUCCAAAAUUAUUCCAAUCAAGUUGCAAUGUCGACUUCAGCAGGGGGGUCCAUUUCUGACGAUAUUAAGUUGAGGGAGGCGUCGGGGGUUGGGUCAGCGCGCAAGCGAAAAAUGGAAGAGGCGUUUGGGCAGAGGGAAAUGGCAAAGGUGGUAAGAUUUGGCAAGCACGGUCGACCCAACACGACUUGAUACGAGAUUUGUAGUUUUAGAUUUGAUAUAAAUUGGUUAUGUAAAACGGGUUGACUCUGAACUAGUAGUAGGAGAGAUUUCUUGCGU